AGUGUCACUAACGUCAACUGGCAGAGUUUAUUCUUACAUUUUCCGUGAAUCUCAGUUGGUAAUGUGCUCGUUAUGUGUGUGUGAAUGUAUUUUUAUCAAUUUUUACAUAGUCUAUACCCUCGGAGAAUUCAAAUAAAAAAACAAUAACGUUUGUAGUGAUAGUGGUCAGUUUUUCAAAUCCCAUUGUUAUGGAUUCAGAAGAGGAUACUUACGACAAUGUUGACUCAGGAAACGAAUCUAGUGGCGAUGAUGUUGAUUUUGCAAUGGAAGUUGAAGUUACAGGACAUAGAGAAAAACAGACAGAUGCUGACGACUACCCCUACGAAGUCCUAUCGACGGAGGAAAUCGUCCAGCACAUGGUUGAUUCGAUCAAAGAAGUUAAUUCAGUGGUGGAGAUAUCCACAACAACAACACGCAUUCUCUUGAAUCACUUUCGAUGGGAUAAAGAAAAACUCAUGGAACGGUUUUAUGACGGGGACCAAGACAAACUCUUCUCAGAAGCUCGAGUCAUUAAUCCGUUCAACAAAUACAACAACAAAGUUAAGCCAACAAAGAAAAGCGGCAACGGGACAGAAGAGUGCGAAAUUUGUUUCAUGACCCUUCCUUCAUCUCAUAUGACUGGACUUGAAUGUGAACAUAAAUUUUGUACUCAUUGUUGGUGUGAGUAUUUAACAACAAAAAUUAUGGAGGAGGGUGUGGGACAAACUAUUGCCUGUGCAGCUUACGGCUGCGACAUACUUGUUGAUGAUGCUACUGUUAUGAAAUUAGUCAAGGAUUCUAAAGUUAAGUUAAAAUAUCAACAUUUAAUCACCAAUAGUUUUGUUGAGUGCAAUCGCCUAUUAAGAUGGUGUCCCUCGCCAGACUGUAGCAACGCAAUAAAAGUGCAGUACGUGGAGCCUCAUCGAGUGACGUGCAAAUGUAACCACACAUUUUGUUUCGCUUGUGGUGAAAAUUGGCACGACCCUGUGAAAUGCCAUCUAUUGAAAAAAUGGAUAAAGAAGUGCGACGAUGAUUCCGAGACUAGCAACUGGAUUGCAGCUAACACCAAAGAGUGUCCAAAGUGUAACGUAACAAUAGAGAAAGAUGGCGGUUGCAAUCACAUGGUGUGCAAAAAUCAAAAUUGCAAAGCAGACUUUUGUUGGGUAUGUUUAGGACCGUGGGAACCACACGGUAGCUCUUGGUAUAAUUGCAAUAGAUACGACGAAGACGAGGCAAAAGCGGCUAGAGACGCCCAGGAGAAGUCGCGUUCGGCGUUGCAGAGAUAUCUGUUCUAUUGCAACAGAUACAUGAAUCACAUGGCAUCUUUGAAGUUCGAGCAUAAGUUGUACGCGUCGGUUAAGGAGAAAAUGGAGGAAAUGCAACACCAUAACAUGAGUUGGAUUGAAGUCCAGUUUCUUAAAAGAGCGGUGGAUAUUUUAUGUCAAUGCCGACAGACACUUAUGUAUACUUACGUUUUUGCUUACUAUUUACAAAAAAAUAACCAGUCUGUGAUUUUCGAAGAUAACCAAAAAGACCUGGAGAGUGCCACUGAAACGUUAUCUGAAUAUUUAGAGAGAGAUAUUACGUCUGAAAAUCUCGCCGAUAUUAAGCAAAAAGUCCAAGAUAAAUACAGGUAUUGCGAUAGUAGGAGGAAAGUUUUGUUAGAGCAUGUCCAUGAAGGGUAUGAAAAAGAAUGGUGGGACUACAAUGAAUAGUUAGAUAAUCCGGUGCCCGCGUUCUGAAACUAGAUCGACUAGUAUUUAUAGGUUAUAAUGAAUACCUAGUUACCUCAUUAAAAGCGGAAAUACACUGUCAGUCCGUACUUAUGAUAUUAGCUACUGUAAAAUUUUAGUUAGAUCAAGGACUUUCGAUCUACUGACAGAACGGCGGAGUUUGAUUUAAUAGAAAAAGUUGCACCUCUUGUUGUAACAGUUGCAUUUUUUGAACAACUCUGUCAGUUGAGGGCAGCGGAAAUGGAGAAACACAUUCUAGAGAUCUGUUUUAUUAUACUUAAAAUUUGAGUAUUGACUUUAAAUUUUUAAAAGUGAAAGUUGUGAGUGAUUAGUAUAUUUUAUUGUUAACUAAGUUUAAAAAUAUAAAAUUGAGGCCAUUUAUUGUUCCAAAUGAUUUUUGCUAAGAAGAAGAAAUGUUGAAUAGUAUCAGUAGUCUAAUUUUUAACGGAUAUAGAACUAUUUUGCUUGUAGAUUUAACUUGAAGCAUUCGUCUUUUUGUUGUCUCUUUUUUAUAAAGUGUUGGGGUUCAGUUUGUGAUUAUAUAUGUCAAUAUUCUAGUUUCGAAUUUUGGAAUCUACUGUGAUUCUUGAGAAAUUACUGCUAAUUUUAUAAUAUUUGUAAAUAAAAUAGUGGGCAAUUAGGUUUCGACAAUUACAAAUGAUCUUAGAAUUGAUCAAAACAAGCUUGGACAUUAUUUAAUAAAGAUUUAUAGAUCGUGCUAAGUGAAAACUUAUUUUUUGGCAAAUUUACGAUAAAGGUAGGACCAUUUGUGAUUGUGCAUAGAUCUAAUUUUCAAUACAUACUAUUUUCGUAAAUGUAAAUAUUUCAUAAUGCUAGCUGUCACAUGGGUUUCUGAUUUACGGCAUUGAUUUAUAAUUUCAGUCUGAAUGUACCUACUUAAUACUUAAUCUAAAAUGUAAAUAAUGAAAAUAUACCUAUAGAUGGUAAAAUCCGUCGUUUUACGUUGUAACAUUUUUAUUGUUCAUACACUUCUGCAAUUAUUUUAGCAAAAUAGCCUCAUUAUUUUAAACGUGCUGAAUUAUGUAAGCAUAUGAAAUGUAUUAAAAAGAUUUUGUUGAUCAUCAUAAACAUCUAACCAGUUGAUUUCUUUCUUCCGGGGAACUGUUAUACAUAUUCAUUUUUUCUUUACAAACGUUAAAGACGAACUAAUUCCUCAGAAGAAAUUAAUUAAGUGGUAAGUGUAAAAUUUAUGUACUUCUCCAGAUUCUGGUAGAACAAAUAAAACUGUAAUUUAAAAGAGUACUCCAUCCCACAUGGAAUUUAAACAUUCUAACUUUAAGAGGACUCAAACUCGGCAGUUGGAGUUCUUUUAUUGUUAAGUAAUGAACUGUAAAUUUGUAAAUUAAUAAAAUUAAUGAUUAAACAGAUUGUUUAAAUAUGAUUAAA